UCGUUUAAUCAAAACUGAUUCUAUAUAUUCACAAACACACACUCUUUUCUAUGUCACAAAAAUUGUUUCCAGUUUGUUUUGUCAUAGUCUGCACCCGGGGCUCUUAUCGUCGUAGUAAUUCCCACUAUUUGCGCACGUCUUUUAAUUUAUAUCACGAUAAGUUCAAUGUUGACCUGGCGCCACGCAACAUGUUGUAUUGUCCGCCGAACGUAACGUUCAACGAGAUUUGGACCAAACAUGGAAUCUCGCACUGUUUUAUGGACACCGUGGGGCCAGCGAUCUGUGGUGGUUUUCUUCUUCUCUUUGGCGGCAUCCAGCUACUGAUGUACCGCAAAUAUGCGACACCAACUGAUCCUACACAGAUCACAAAGUCCCGACUUUAUGCACUUCAAAUGUUUCUUCUUCUGCUCGUGCCGGUUCUGGCUCUACUGAGAUUCUUUCUUAACGCUCGUAUCUAUCCUGACGGUGCAAUUUAUGGCUAUAUGAUAUUUUACACAAGCGUUGUUUGCUUUUCAUAUCCAUUUUGUAUCUGCCUCAUUGUCAAGGAGCGUCACUAUCAACUGCCAUCAUUACCGACACGUGGUCAUGGCCUUAUAUUAUUGCUCUUUUGGACUUUGACUUUGAUUAAUGAAGCGCUGGCCAUCGUGAAUUUAGACCAUGAAGACUGGUGGUUCCACUUAAAAAAUAACAAAGAUGAAAUUGAGAUGGGCAUGUUUGUUACUCGGUUCUUGUGCUCUCUGCUCAUCUUUGUGCUCGGCUUGAAGGCACCCGGCAUCAUGGCACCCUAUAAUCCGCACCAACGUCUAGAUGACUCAUCAAGCAACUUAACUGGCAGUGUGCCAACUGGCUCUGCGUUCCGCAAUGGCUGGCGCAAACUACGCACCCUAUUUCCAUAUCUGUGGCCCAAAAAAGAUAGGAUGCUGCAAUGCGCAGUGGUUGUUUGCAUAAUAUUGCUUGUCGCUGGUCGUGUUAUCAAACUGUUUCUGCCCAUUUAUCGCAAGCUGUUGGUUGACAGCCUGACCAUCGAACCCAUUGAGUUUCGCUGGGACUUUGUGCUUAUUUAUGUUGCUCUAUCAUUCCUUCAGGGCGGCGGGACUGGCGGCAUGGGCUUGUUCAAUAAUCUGCGAACUUUCCUGUGGAUUCGCGUGCAGCAGUACACAACGCGUGAGAUUGAGAUUGAUCUGUUUAGACAUUUGCAUCAACUGUCGUUGAGGUGGCAUUUGCAGCGGAAGACGGGAGAGGUGCUGCGUAUCAUGGAUCGCGGCACAGAUUCAAUUAACAAUCUGCUCAACUAUAUUGUAUUCUCCAUAACACCUACCAUACUUGAUCUGAUAGUGGCUGUCGUGUAUUUCAUUUAUGCCUUUAACUGGUGGUUUGGUUUGAUUGUAUUUCUCACCAUGUUCUUGUAUAUAGCCUCGACAAUUGCUAUAACGGAAUGGCGAACUCAGUACCAACGACGCAUGAAUCUGGCAGAUAAUGAGCAGCGCGCCCGAAGUGUGGACUCCCUGUUGAACUUUGAGACAGUCAAAUAUUAUGGCGCCGAGGGCUACGAGGUGGAUUGCUAUAGGGAGGCUAUAAUGAAGUAUCAAAAAGAAGAGUUUCUCUCCAUGCUCACACUAAACCUGCUCAACACCGCUCAGAAUAUUAUACUCUGCUUGGGCCUACUCUCUGGCUCACUGCUUUGCGUCUAUUUGGUGGUGCAUCAUCAGACGCUGACAGUAGGUGACUUCGUGCUCUUUUCCACGUAUCUCAUGGACUUGUACAUGCCAUUGAAUUGGUUUGGAACAUAUUAUCGCGCUAUACAAAAGAACUUUGUUGACAUGGAAAACAUGUUUGAUCUGCUUCGAGAGGAUGAGGAAAUCGUGGAUGCGCCUGGCUGUGCACCACUGCUAACUGCUGGCGGUGCAAUCGAAUUCUCAAAUGUUACAUUUGGCUACACACCAGAUAAGCUGGUGCUGCGUAAUGUAAGCUUUACUUUACCUGCAGGCAAGACCAUUGCUAUUGUUGGUCCAUCUGGCGCCGGCAAGAGUACCAUUAUGCGAUUGCUCUUCCGAUUCUACGAUGUACAAACGGGUUCUAUAUCCAUAGAUGGACAGAACAUCAAGCUUGUUAAACAGCAAAGUCUGCGAAAGGCAAUUGGCGUUGUUCCCCAAGAUACAGUACUAUUUAACAACACUAUUUACUACAAUAUUGAAUAUGCCAAAAUAGGCGCAAGUCCUGAUGCAGUUUAUGAGGCUGCGCGAUCAGCGGAUAUACACGAAAGAAUAUUGGGUUUCCCAGAUAGAUACGAGACCAAAGUGGGUGAGCGAGGACUGCGUCUAAGUGGUGGCGAAAAGCAACGCGUGGCCAUUGCACGAACUCUUUUGAAGGCACCCAUUAUAGUGCUGCUGGACGAGGCUACUUCUGCGUUAGACACGCACACAGAACGCAACAUACAGGCUGCGUUGGCACGGGUGUGUGCCAAUCGCACAACAAUUAUCGUUGCACAUCGUUUGUCCACCAUCAUACACGCAGAUGAAAUAUUGGUGCUAAAAGAGGGCAGCAUUGUAGAGCGUGGCAGGCACGAAGAACUGUUGCAAAGAGAUGAAGGCGUCUAUGCAGACAUGUGGCAACAGCAGCUGAAAAACUUGGAUGCCGAACAGAACGCGAAUGACAGUUCCGAGUCAAUUGUAGACGAGGGUCCAUCAACGACUACAACUGGAACAGCUGGACGGCCGCAAGCGCCGUCUACAUCUGGCAGUGGACCUGCCUUUAGAUCGGGGCAUGGGCAUGGAGGAGGACGUUAAGAGUUGAAAAUAUAAAACUUAGAUCUUAGGCCUAAUUUUGAUUAUUUUUGUUAAAUGUAAUUUGUGGUACUUGUAUAUGAACUACUUGUCUGAUUCCUAGUUCUUGUCUACUUUAAUGUAAAAAUAGAAACAUAAUUAUAGUUUUUAUAAAUUUAAA